UCUUUACCAAGGGAGUCGUAACCCGUACCACUGGACCAGCUGGCCAACCAUGAGUUCAAGCUUUUUGUUAUUAUUAUCGACCCUUUUUUUUAUUAUUGUCUCUCUGUCUUUCUAAAAAAGUCUGCCAAAGACUCUGUCUCAUCUUCAAAUCUCAUUCUUCAGCUUCUGUGGGCUGAUUCUUGAUUUUUGGUUUCUGCUCUGAAUUGAGGAAGAAGAGGAGAUGGCAAGUUCAUAUGGAGGGACGAAGCAGAAGUGCACGGCAUGUGAGAAGACUGUGUAUUGGGUUGAAGAGCUCACAGCUGAUAACAGAGUCUAUCACAAGUCCUGCUUCAGAUGCCAUCACUGCAAGGGCACCCUCAAGCUGGGUAAUUACUCCUCCUACGACGGCGUGUUAUACUGCAAGCCCCAUUUCGAUCAGCUCUUCAAGAUGACUGGACGAUUAGAUAAAAGUUUUGAAGGUACUCCGAAAACUGUUAACAGACCGGCCGAUCAGGUCCAAACCAACAGCAGAUUCUCGAGUUUCUUCGCCGGAACCCAGGAGAAGUGUCUUGCUUGCAAGAAAACUGUAUACCCAAUCGAAAAGGUGGCAGUCGAUGGGAAAUCAUACCACAGGCCUUGCUUCAGAUGCGCUCGAGGAGGGUGCAUGGUCACGCCACUGAACUACGUAACGCAUGAGAACCGGAUCUACUGUAAACACCACCAUAGCCAACUAUUCAAGGAGAAAGGCAACUUCAGCAAACUUGACAAUCACCAGCAGUUCACCAAGCUCGAAGAGCAAUCUGCCAAGCUCGACAAUCCCGAGCAAUCUGCUAAGCUCGACAAUCACGAGCAAUCUACCAAGCUCGAUAAUCACGAGCAGGUGGUGAAAGAACUCACAGUGACAGUGACCGAGAAUGGGAAUGGAACUGCAUGAAAACUCACCCUUAUCUCUUGCUUGUUUUUCGAUAUUCUUUUCUCAUAUGCUAGACCGGUUCAUUUUGGGUGACCGAUCGAUGAGUUUUCAUAGUGCCGGAUCGAGGUUGUGAUUGAUUUUUGUCUCUGUAGAUGAUUAUAGACAUGGUUUGUUGUUAUAUCUUCUUUUGUGUGAGGUUGGAGUGCAUAUGAUAGUCAAAGACGGAGAUUUCAUUUUUCUUCAACAAUAGAUUGUAGCAAACUCAGAGGGUUGUGUAAUACAUCAUUUCCAAGGAAUUUCAUUUUUUCGAGUCUUAAGGUUU